GGUGGCCGCGAAGACCACAGCUGUGUUUGCUGUGCUCGUGCAAAGUCACGAAGCGUCACUGACUGAUUACAACAACGAGCGCAGCGAACGAGCAUGUCCGCCGAGUAUAAAUUGGAGUUUACUCCGGCGAAACGAGCCGCUACAUUCUCUACAUGUGCUCACUAGAGGUUUCCAAAGCCCCUGUGUUAAAUGGAGCUAGAGGACCAAUGGUGGAAAGGACAACUGGCUGCAGAUAUUUACCAGGCGCUGCGUUACAAACAGGAGCUCAAGCUGCCCACCUUCAAAGGCCAGUCUCCCCAGCUCAACCUGAGGCGAUACUUUGCAGACCUCAUCGCCAUUGUCAGCAACCACUUCCGGUUGUGUCCUGCAGCCAGACACCUGGCCGUCUACCUGCUGGACCUCUUUAUGGACCGCUAUGACGUCACGGUGCAGCAGCUUCACAUGGUCUCGCUUUCUUGUCUUCUUUUGGCCAGUAAAUUUGAGGAAAGGGAGGACAGGGUACCCAAGCUGGAGACCCUAAACAGCCUGGGCUGCAUGAGCUCCAUGAACCUGGUCUUGACCAAGCAAGCUUUACUCCAUAUGGAGCUAUUCCUACUGGAAUCCUUCCAGUGGAACUUGUACCUUCCCACAGCGGCCCAUUUCAUAGACUACUACCUCUCUAUUGCAGUCCAUGAGGGAGAUCUCCACGACGGCUGGCCGAUGACCUGUUUGGAGAAGACUAAACUCUACAUGGCUAAAUAUGCUGAUUACUUUCUGGAGGUUUCCUUACAAGAUCAUGUGUUUUUGUGUUUUGCACCCUCUCUGGUUGCUGCUGCAUGCGUUUCCGCCUCCCGCCUCAUCCUGCACUUGUCCCCGACAUGGCCCCCCCGACUGCAGUGCCUCACAGGUUAUACAUGGGACAGCUUGGUCCCAUGUGCUGAGAAACUCCUCAUCGCACACGACAGCGACGUCAAAGAGGCCAACAAACAGAAGUGCCAGCCGCAACAGCCGGGUCAGUCGGUGUACCGUAGUUCAGGCCAGGCAGCCACCGUGGCUCAGUACCUGCACCGGCCCGGCAUGCAGUACCCGCAGCGAGCUACACAGCCAGCCGUAGCGCCAAACCACAGGCCCGCCUCCUAUCUAGGCCACACCAAUACCCUGCAUGCCCCCAACGCCGCCUCGCUGGAACCAAAGUCUAACAUUCCCAACGGGGCUUACCAGGUCGGCAUGCAUUAUGCUUGUGCACCAUGCUUUGAGAGAUGAUGCACUUACAGAGUUACUCAUUACUGUAGGAUGAUAAGAUCUCCUUCUUGGUACGAGGCAGCGUUACACCGAACGAAAAGGCAUGUUUUAAUUUGAAGGGACCUGUUGUGCUCGGUGUGACGCUUUGCAGCACACGGUGUAAGCUACGUGCAAUACGCAGGCUCGCUUGCAUGCUCUGUAGGCGUUUUCUGUGGAGAGCCAGUAUUAGAUUUUUGUUCAAGGUAAUUGAUGACUGUUACGAGCGCUGUGAUUGGAGUAGCACUGGAGACUUUGCACAGCUCUAGUAUUUAUUUAAGCCAAAAAUACCUCCGAAGUAUCGAGCAGCCCACCUUGUUGCUGAGACGAGGCCAGGAGCAGCGCGGAUUUCAUGCCUGUUUGUGUUGAGCGUCAUUUCUUGAGCAUAGAUUGUGUACGUUUUCUGUACCUCUAACUUUUUUUUUUUGACUUGUGAACUGUAGAAAAAAUCUUGACAGUUAUUUUGCAGAGAAAUGUGCUGCUCUUCUGUACACAGAUUAUUUCAGUGCUGUGCACUAACGAUAGUUUUAAUAAAAUAUAAAUC